AUGUGUUGCGUGUUGCGUGUCGGGGCAGCUAAGGUAAUGAACCAGACGGGUGGCAUCGACCUGUACCGGACCUCGAGCAUCCUCGGCUACGGCCUGAUUCCGAUCGUUAUAUUAGCGCUUGUUGGGAUCUUCUUGUCCUUGCAGUCGACAGCCGGCGCUCUCCUAGCAGGCGUGUGCAUCUUCUGGGCGACAGCUACCUCGUCAAGGUUCUUUGCCACGGCCAUCUCGAUGCAGCAGCAGAGGUGGCUGGUCGCGUACCCCGUCGGCCUGUUCUACACCUGCUUCACCCUCCUGGCCGUCUUCUGA